AUGCAGGGCAAGCUGGCGGCGAACUCUCUGGUACGGUACCGCGGAAUGGUCCAGGACCAGUACGAGCCGGAGUAUUUCGUGGGGUCGUUCGAGGAGCUCGAGACCGCCACCGGCAAGCGCAACAGGGUGGACGUCAAGUACGUCGACAGCAUAGCCCAAAGACCAGGCUUCGUGAACGAGUACGACGGGCCUGGCGCUAAGACGAUGGAUCGGUUGCCUCUAUUCUGCGUACCCAUCCCGGGCCAGUCGCAGUGGGCAAUUCCACCCAACCAGGGGCAACAGCAACAGGGGGACGCUGCUGCUGCUGCUGCUGCUUCUGCCGGAGGAUUGCCGAAGCGCCAACGAGAAGAAGACGCGGGUGGGGGAGGAGACGCCAUGGACUGCACGGCGGAUGAAAUCGGCGAUGCCGAAGCCACAUCCGGCGACAAAAACAGUGCCCCCAAGCCGAAAACACUGCGCGCGGCUGCCGGUCCCUCCAGCGAAGGCGCGAGAACACCAAACGCCGAUGGACACAGCAGCAGCGUGACAGCAUCAAACGAACAGCGUCCAAACUCCACCUUCCAUCACGAGCAGGAGAUCGACCUUGAUGGGCUCGCGUGCGUGAUUAAGAUGUAUGAUUUCCGGGAGGGGCAGGUCAAGCUCAACGACACGGCCGAGUUUGUCGGGGUGCUGGGGUACGACCAGGCGGUGACCCCGCCCCAGGAGGACGAAGACGUGCCAAUGGGAGAGGGAGGGGCCGGGGGGGCGACGGGGAAUCCGUUUCAGGGCCUCGAGGACUUCUCAAGGAAGGUUCCUCCGCCGAGUCUUGCGCCACGGCUCCACUGCGUGUUCCAUCGUCAACUCCGGGCGUGCACACCCCUGAUGGUGGACCCGAAACAGCCUCAGGAUGCCCUGCGCGCCCUCCAAGGGCCGCUGCCCUUCGGCGUCUUCAUGCGCAACGCCAAGCAAGAGACUAUCAAGCACCUGGCCAGGGCUCUGCGCGGAGACGUCCUUGCGGCGGAGUACGCGCUUCUGGCACUGCUCUCGCGGGCGUACGUGCGGACGGAGGUGCGUGCGUGCAUGGCACGGGUCGUUGUUUCAGGCGUCGUCGGGGCGGGAUCGACAAGAUGGAGGUGGACGCGAGGCCGAGGACUAGAGUAG